AGCACAUAAACCCUAAAAAGCUAAAACCCUUGCAAAAAGGCAGAAACAGAACACAAUGUUUUGCUCAUGUCUCGAGAUUAUUUUAUUCCUUACCGGACUGAAACAUUCUCAACCGGACGAAAAGGAGAUAACGAAAUCAUCUGACUCUCCUCCGGAGGUGUUUUCAUCGUUACCGGCCGACGUCAUUCUCAACUGUUUGGCUCGUGUUCCGAGAUUCUAUGGUCCAACUCUAUCUUUGGUCUCCAGGGAUUUCAAAUCACUCAUCGCUUCGCCUGAGCUUGAAGCCACACGAUCCUGCAUCGGGGUAACAGAGAAUUACCUCUGUGUCUGCUUAGAGUUGAAUAAGAACAACUCUGAUACUCGCUGGUUCACACUUUCACCCCUUCCCAAACAACAUAAACUGAAGCCUAUCCCUUCGUUUCCUUAUCAACAUCCCAAAUCAUCGACUGUUCUCUCCAUUGGUUCAGAGAUUUACAUAAUCGGAGGCUUCGUUAAGGGAAGGAGAAGCAGGAGAGUGUUGGUUCUCGACUGUCGAUCUCAUCAAUGGCGUAGACUCCCCAACAUGCGUCAGCCUACAGUUUCUGCAGCCGCUGAAGUAAUCGACGGUAAGAUGUAUGUGAUUGGUGGCUGCAGGUAUAACGAUAUCGACAAAUGGGGAGAAGUUUAUGAUCCAAAGACCCAAACUUGGGAGCCAGUAUUGCCCACAACGCAAGAUCUCACCAUCCAAAAAAGUGUGGUUCCAGGUAGGUUAGUAAUGGGUGGAAAGGUUUAUACCAUGUGUUACUUGUCUUAUAAGCUUGCCUUGGAGAAGGGUGUUUGCUUAGUAGAGGUAGAGAAAGUGUUGUGUCUAAUAUCGGUUUCCGAAGGGAAACUAAGGUGGUUUGAUCCAGAGGAAGAUUUGGGAGUGACUGUUUGGUGGCGGUCGGUGGUGUUUGGCCGUCUAGGUCUAGGUUGGACCAAGGAAUGUAAAACCGAGAUUUGGUGCGCAGAGAUAUCGUUCGAGAGGCGCGGUUUCGGAUCAGAGAUUUGGGGAUUUGUCGAGUGGUCUAAGAUUGUGUUUACAUUCGAAGGAUGUGAUUCUCCCUCUGAUUUCUUUUUGCAUUCUACUAAUGUGACUUAUUGA